AUGGCAUCAACUGAACUCAGUCUUGAUUGCAAGCCCAAUAUCGAAUCUCUGGUUUUGAAAAAAACACAGAAGCUGGAAGAAUUUGUAGCCCGUCUCGAAGAAGAAAAACUCAAGAUUGACGCCUUCAAGCGUGAGCUUCCACUUUGCAUGCAACUUCUCAGCAACGCUAUGGAGGCGUCAAGGCAGGAGCUGCAGUCGCAGAGGAUGAAGCAACUCUCAGCAGAUAAAGCUAAGUGGAUGUCAUCUGCAACACUCUGGAACCAUCAAGUUCCGCCGCCGGAAUUAAGGCUUGCGCCGCCAGAAGACAGCCAUGUUUGUACAAGAGAAAACUCGGGUGACCAUAAAGAGAAGAGGAAGGCCAGGAGAUGUUGGUCGCCGCAAUUGCACAGCCGUUUUCUCAAUGCGCUGCACAUGCUCGGUGGUUUGCAACUGGCCACUCCCAAACAAAUAACGCAACUAAUGAAGGUUGAGGGAUUGACUAGUGAUGAAGUUAAAAGCCAUCUGCAGGUACUCUCUCUCCCCUUGAUUAAUUGGAGUUUUAAAACCAAUUACGAAUUUGUGUGUCCACAGAAAUACAGACUGCACACAGGAAUCCAGGCUCCAAGCCCAGUGGUAGUCGUAGGUGGCAUAUGGGUCCCACCAGAGUAUGCAGCCCACGCCGGAGCAUCGCCUGCCGCCUUCUAUGGAGCCACCGCUCCUACAAUACUGCCACCGCGUUAGUAUAGACCUUUUUUUUCUUCUUUUUUAUAGGGCAGGGGAAUAGUGUUAAUUGUUAAGGACUGUUUGGUCCAAUUAAAUGGACCAAGGUGUAAAUGGGCUAAUAUUUCUUAUUGCGCUCUACUCGUACUAACAUCUGAAUUUUGCUCAACCCUAAUGCUUAUCAAACUAAUCUUUGUGUAA